CGUAUGGGACAUUAUUCAGAAUAAGCAUGCACAUACACAUAUGAAACCAAACUCAUUCACAUACUAUACUGAAAAACUCGCACACAUACAAGUGAAAAGCUUUUACAUACACAACUGAAACACUCUCACACAAACAACUGAAAAAUUAUACGCUCACAUACACAACUGAAAAGCUCGCAUAAAACCUAGUGAAACCUUUUACAUGGACUACUGAAAUGCUUUCACACAUACUGGUAAAAUGCUCUCAUAAACACAGCUGAAAAAUGUUCUCUCACACACAUAUGAAACCAUUCACAUACUAUACUGAAAACCUCACACAUACACAAGUGAAAGCUUUCACAUACACAACUGAAACACCUUCACUCAAACAACUGAAAAGCUCUCGUAACAACUAGUGAAACCUUUUACAUGAACUACUAAAAUGCUUUCACACAUACUGGUAAAAUGUUCUCAUACACACAGCUGAAAAAUGUUCUCUCACACACAUAUGAAACCAUUCACAUACUAUACUGAAAACCUCACACAUACACAAGUGAAAGCUUUUACAUACACAACUGAAACACCUUCACUCAAACAACUGAAAAGCUCUCGUAACAACUAGUGAAACCUUUUACAUGAACUACUAAAAUGCUUUCACACAUACUAGUAAAAUGUGCUCAUACACACAGCUACUGAUAACCUCGAGACAUGUUACUCUAGAUUCUGAGUAUAGGCGCAGCCUUUUAAGUGUCGGCCCCAUUGUCCUUUAAAUAGCUGAAGAAAAGCUGUUUAUUGGGAGCAGAACGUCCGCCGGCGCCCGACUACGUUAUAUCUGCGAAAUGCGGACGUCGUUGAGGCACGCCGCACGCGGACGUAAUUGAGGCCCACGCUGUUGGGCGGGGAUUACACAUUUUUCAGUGCUACGGCGAUUAUUGUCGAUUAUUUGUCUGAAUUACGCGCUUUUUCUUUUCAACCACCUUCCGUUUAAACUGAAACGUCUUCCGUUUUCACUGAAACGCCUUCCGUUUUCACUGAAACGCCUUCCGUUUACACUGAAACGCCUUCCGUUUACACUGAAAUGUCCUCUCACACACACACAUGAAACCAUUCACAUACUAUACUGAAAACCUCACACAUACACAAGUGAAAGCUUUUACAUACACAACUGAAACACUCUCACACAAACAACUGAAAAGCUCUCGUAACAACUGGUGAAACCUUUUACAUGAACUACUAAAAUGCUUUCACACAUACUAGUAAAAUGUGCUCAUAUACACAGCUACUGAAAACCUCGAGACAUGUAUGUGAAAGUAUUUCACACACAUGUGUGUGAGGAUUUCAGUGAAAAUGGAAGGCGUUUGAAGAGGAAGGCAUUUCAGUUGAACAGGAAGGCAUUUCAGUUGAACAGGAAAGCGUUUCAGUUGAACAGGAAGGCGUUUCAGUUGAACUGGAAGCUGGUUGGAAAAUCACUGAUGUCUGCUCAACAGCCUACAGGUAGCCUAACCGAAGCAGCUGCAUGAGAAGAUCGGGUACUAGUGUACUGAAGUGUGAAGAUCAGGAACUUAAACUACAAUGUAUGUUCAUCUGAUCCUCUUUGUUUUUCAAGUCCAAAGUUUAUUUUUUGAGGUGAGAGGCAUUGGAGAUGAUGUAGCAAGUUUUUUUACUGAUGCUCUGCACUGCAUUGAGUCACUGCAGAGAGAAGAGUCCAACAAUUGUGGUCAGGAGAGACUUUAUAGAGUGCUUGAUGAUCAUACACGAAGUCUAUCUGCAUUUCUUGCUGCUGUGUCCAGAUAUGAUCCUCAUGAUAGGGAUGUCAGUAACCUACUCGGAUCAUUGUAUAGAUGCUUUCGCAACUUGCUGCAGGGACAUGAGGCCAGACAGGUGUCCACCAAUGUGACCAACCAUCUGAUACCCCCAACAACCUUGACUGGCCAUCCAGGUCGGCCCCGAUACACCAUCGCCGCCGAACAGAUUUUGCACUGUGUGUCCAUUGGCAUGACAUGGCAGAGAAUUGCAUCAUGCUUUGGAAUCAGUCGUAGAACCCUCUUCCGACACAGGCAAACUCUGAGAAUUGAGCCAUUAAGAUAUGCAGUAAUGACAAAUGAAGAACUGAACAGCCUUGCGACCAACAUACUUCAGAACACUCCAAAUGCAGGUGAAGCAUAUGUACUUGGAAGCCUAAGAUCACGUGGUAUACGGGUUCAGCGUUGGCGGGUCAGACAGAGCCUGCAUCAAGUGGAUCCCAUUGGGCGUUCAUUUAGACGUCGUCAUGCUAUACGACGAAGGGUCUAUAGUGUUCAGGCCCCCAACCAGUUAUGGCAUUUUGAUGGCAACCACAAGCUGGUUAGGUGGCGGAUGGUCAUGCAUGGCUGUGUUGAUGGCUUCAGCCGGACAAUUAUUUACUUGCGGUGCUUAUCUAACAACAGAGCCUUAAGUGUCUUGUCAUUGUUUGUAGAGGGAGUUGAGAACUUUGGUUUGCCCUUAAGGGUCAGAUGUGAUCACGGAAUGGAAAAUAUACAAGUUGCCCGUUUUAUGUUGGGAAGAAGGGGAUUGAACGGUGUUAUAACAGGUGUUUCAGUACACAACCAAAGAAUUGAGAGACUAUGGGCUGAAGUCAAUAGAGUUGUAUCUAGACACUUUAUAAACAUAUUUUUGUUCAUGGAGGAACACGGUAUACUAGAUUCAUUGAAUGAAGUACAUAUUUUUUGUCUGCAUUAUGUGUAUUUACCAAGAAUUGAACGGGCAGUAACAGAAUUCAUCAACCAGUGGAACAACCAUGGCCUCUCCACACAAGGGGGGCAGACACCUCUUCAGCUGUGGCAUACUGGGGUCAUAAACAGCAUAGGAAUUCAUCCAGUUGUAAAUGACAUCUUUGAUGUUGAUAACCAUUAUGGUAUUGAUGAAGAAGGGCCAUUGCCUGAACUUCAAACCAACAAUAAUGUAAUUAUUCCAGACAAUGACGUAACCAUUAAUGAGACCACAAUGAACUUUAUUCAACAGGUGAAUCCACUUGAAAAUGAUGGGAACCAUGGGAUAAAUGUUUUUUCCUCACUUCUACAUUUGUUCCAUUAAUUAAUAUUAUGAAGUUAAUGCUGGCAGCACAAUGUAAGCUGCACAAUGUAACUGUGUUGAUAUGAAACAGUAUAACGAGACAUGUUAAAUAAAGGUUAAAAAAAUUUAACUGGUUUUAAAACUGGAAAUAUAAAAUGCAUCAUGAGACGAUACUCACUCAAAAAAAAAAGUAAAAGGGGACAUCAACACCACAUCAGGCGACCGAAAUGAUAGAAUGAGCGCAUAACAGUGUUUUUGGCUAGUUUCACUUGCCUUAGGUUUUGAUUAACUGGUUGAACGAAAUGAAUGAAACGCAUGAAUGAAUGAAUGAAUGAAUGAAACGCGACCAAUUUAAGGUCUUAACUCUACAUGGAUAGUAGGGUCACAAGUUGAUUGAUUUGGCUGCCUUUCGUGUUUUCAGGAAGAAUUUAUAGUUUUUCUACUACGGAAGAGAAUUUCUCUGUGGGUCUACGGCACAACGGAUUGGAAUCCGACCGUAGCCUACUAUUAUUUUCCCCCACAGUGGUAUGAGUUCGAAUCCCGUAAUGUAUCAACUGAAACACCCUCACACAAACAAUUGAAAAAUGAUACGCUAACAUACACAACUGAAAAGCUGGCAUAAAUACGAGUGAAACCCUUUGCUUGGACUACUGAAAUGCUUUAACAGAUACUUAUGGCGACACAUUAGUGCCAUAAUUCACUAAUGUGAUAAAAGAUGCAUUCGGGCGUAUUAUAUUAUUCCACACGCGUAGAUAUUAACUGCGAGCGCGCAAAUGAUCUCUGCGCGCGCGCAAAUUACCUCUGCGCGCGCAAAACAGCCUCUCGCGCGCGCAAAUUACCUCAGCGCGCGCAAAACAGCCUCUCGCGCGUAACAGCCUCUCGCGAAAGAUGUUUUUACGCUCGCUCGAAUUUAAUUUUGGCACUAUCGGGGAGGGAACCAAGGCAGGGCGGGCUUUCCUAUGAUUGGCCGUUUCUGAAGCGCGAUAUUUGAUUGACAGCCUUCCUCAGCCCUCCUCUCAUUCAUAGUUAGAUAGUUAUGAUAGUUACGUAGUGUAAAUCCAGAUUCUAUGAGUAUAGGCGCAGCCUUUUAAGUGUCGGCCUCAUUGUCCUUUAAAUAGCUGAAGAAAAGCUGUUUAUUGGGAGCAGAACGUCCGCCGGCGCCCGACUAUAUCUGCGAAAUGCGGACGUCGUUGAGGCACGCCGCAAUUCAGAAUUGAAUGAGAGGAAGGCUGAGGAGGGCUGUCAAUCAAAAGGCGGAAUGCGUUUCAGUUUAAACGAAAGGUGUUUAAAAACAAAAAAGCGCGCAAUUCAGACAAAGAAUCGCCAGACUUAAUGCAGACACGGGCGCUAUGUCUGCUCAACAGCCUACAGGUAGCCUAUCAGAAGCAGCUGCAUUACUAAACAAUAUAUUGGCCUCAGCAGAGACCAUCAGAACCCUGACGAAUGCCACAACAAUCGGGCAGCAACCGAAUGUUCUAAUGCCAUGUGUGGACACGGACAGUCAGUUAGCAUCGCUGUUCCCAUCCCGCCAGCGUAGCAGCUUGCCGCUGCCAGGUGCAGCUCCAGUCAUGACAGAAUGUGCACCACGCUAUCAAGCGCAGCAGUGCUUCGGCGGAUGGACAUCAGGCAAACGGAGAAAAAGGUAAUACGUAGGAAUUUGAAAUUAUCUUUCAUAUGUUUCCGAGUUUAAAUUAGGGUGACCAAGUUUUACAGGUGUUUCAGUUAAACUCGUGACCGUGAACUGCUGACCAUCAGCCGAAAUCGUCGCUUGUUGUCGUGGCUACGCCAGCUGUUGGAAAUCGGGACCAGGGCCCCGUUUCCCGAUAUCGAUGGAUCUUCGCUCGUAAGAUCAUUCUCUCGAUGGAUCUUUCGAACCAUCGACAAUUUCUUUGGAGCGUUUCCCGAAACUCCUCUUAACGUGAACGCGCAUUCGCUGCACUCACGACGAUCGUAGGAUUGUCCUGUCCACUGACAUGGUGCUGAAACGGGCUAUGACGCAGGGGGAGACGCAGGAAUGUCGGAGGAAAAUGGGGUUGAAAAGGGUUAAAAUAUCUCCCCAUCAAGGCCAACAGAGUAGCCUACGAAAAGAAUAGAUUGCAAUAAUAUGAAUGCUAAAGAUAUUAAAACACAAUUGAUUAAGCCUAGGCCGACAUAUAUAUCAGUCCUAAUCCUGAGCGCACGAUCGAGAGGUGGAAGUUGCGCUUUAGAUGCCUUCACAAGUCCAGCGGAGGGCUCCAGUUUUCGCCGGCCAAGUCAUGCGCUGUGAUAUCUGUGACAGCUAUGUUGCACAGCAUUGCAGCUAAGGCUGGGGUAGCUUUGGUUGAACCGGAGGACAUUGAGGACGAUGACGACGAGGAAGAUCGGUGUGAGGACGGCCUCCCUCAUAACUACGCGGCUGGUUUUCAUGCACGUCGAAGAGCAAGAGUGAUUGAGACUUUUUUUUAACCCCCUCCACCCUCCCACAUGUCACUAAACAUUCCCGUCAACGUGACCAAUCCCCCCCAUAUGCCAGCCUUUUGCCUGCUCCUUUGCAUUUUUUUUUAAAAUAUUUUUUAUAAUUAAUAUUUUUAUAAUUAUU